GCCGGCGGCGGCGGCGGCGGGUGCGCUGUGGGCUCCAUUGGCCGCUGGGCCCGCCUCGGCCGUGGCGGGGCGGGGCUGCGGGAAGGUGCGGCGGGCUGCGGGCUCUGAGGCGGCGCGUGGGCCGGGCUGUCGCCGCUUUUCCCCGGCGUGCCCGUUGUUUCGGCUCCGCGCCGCAGCGUCAGCCUCGGGGGGCGGGGGAGGAGAGGCGGCCGCGCGGAUGAUGACGGGGCUGGUGGGCAGCCCGGUGGCUGCCGUCAUGCAGGAGAACUUCGGAUGCUCCGUGGCCAAUCGCUUUUACCAGCUUCUGGACGACGAGUCGGACCCGUUCGACGUCCUGCGCGAGGCCGAGCGCCGCCGGCAGCAGAAGAAGCGCGACGAGGCGGCGGCCGUCGCCAGCAGAGCCGUGCCCCCUGGCCGGGUGGGCGGCGGCAGGAGGGAGACCCAGAAGGAGCGUAAGCAGCCCGAGAGCUCCCCGGCACCCUCCCCUGCGGCGGCGCCGCCGCAGCCAGGCCUGAAGCGAGCGCCCAGGCAGGGAGAGCAAGGGUUCAGCAACAGAAGCACAGAGGGGAAACAAGACAAAACUGAAUGGAGACCAUCUUUCAGGGAAUACCGUCCCUAUAGAGCACAAAGACAAGUGGCAUUCUCAGUAGAACGACCUGUGGAAAGAUUAGACUAUGAAAGACCAAUAAGAGGUCGUGGUAGAGGAAGAGGUGGAAUGAGAGGUAGAGGAAGAGGUGGUGGAUUAUAUGGAAAUUUUGAUGGGUUUGACCAAAGAAGAAAACGAGAACAAAGUGGGAAUGAUAAAACAGGAGUGAAAGCAGAUGACAUAAAGGGAGGAGGUGGAGCUCGCAGUUGCAGAACAAUUAAAGAUAAUGCAAGUGGGACGGAACAGACUGCAUAUAUGGAAGAGGCUGUGGAAACUCCUGAACAGCCAGGGACAUCUGAAGGAGACCCUCUGAGCAAACCUGCUGAAGGAGAGCCAAUGGAAGAAGUGGUUCAAGAAAUGACAUUAGAUGAGUGGAAAAGUCUUCAGCAACGGAAUCGACCAAAGCCUGAAUUCAACAUCCGGAAGCCAGAAUCCACUGUUCCUUCCAAAGCAGUGGUGAUUCACAAGUCAAAAUAUAGUGAUGAUAUGCAAAAAGAAGACUUUGAAGAUGAUUCUCAUGUCUUUCGAAAGCCAGUGAAUGAUAUAACUUCUCAGCUGGAUAUUAAUUUUGGGAGUCUUCCUCGCCCUGGCCGUGGAUCAAGAGGAGGACGAGGUGGUCGUGGCAGAAGAUCUGAAGAAACAAGGCCUCGACCAGAAGUAGUGGUGCAGCUUGUGGCUCCAAAUCCUGAUGAUCCUGAGGAUUUUCCAGCUUUAGCUUGAAGACCCAUCAUGAAUGGUGGUAUCUGAAAGUCAAUUUGUAACUAUGAAGAGACCAGUUCUAUGCUGGUGUGGAUUAAGGAAGCCUGUUUGUUUCCUUCUGGAAAGUUGUUUGGGUGUUUGGUGUGGAAUGAUUACAGCUGUCUGCUGAUAGAUUUGGGUUCUGGAAAUAUGGGUGGACUGGGAUCCUGCCACAGGUUCCAGUGUCUGCCUCCAUUUGUGAAACCUAUGGGAAGGCUUACAGUACUUCCCUACUAGGCUUCAAGUGAAGUUAAAGGGAAGAGUAUUUAAAAGUGUAUAUAUAGAGAUUAUAUCAAGUUCUCCAUGACACCAUGGUGAAAUGUAAACUGUACAACACGAUCUACAAUUGGGACUCAAGUUCACUGUACAUUUAAAAGCUGUUUCCUUUGGGUGAAGUGUAUACUUCAGACAGUUACAAGUUCUUCAGUUUGGCAAAUAAAGAAAAGUGCACAUUGGUUUGGGUUUGAGGUAUUAUUUUAAGAAUUUAGUGGUAGGUAGAAGCUUUUGCUAUUUGGAUGUAGUCUGGGGGAAUAAAAGUGGGGGGAAAAACCCAAACCCUAACCAGCAAUCUGUACUCGCCAAAAAAGUGAACAUCUCUCUAAGUGGAAGUGAUCUUUAAAAUCAAGGCAGCACAGAUGCUUUGAAUUGACACCUAACCAUAAAUUCUACUUUAGUAACAAGAUAUAGUCUGCAAUUACUUUGAAGAUUAAGUAAAAUAAGAAUCUUGAUCUAAAGAGAACUAAAUUAUUAAGGAAGCUUUUAAUUUUAGCAGGAGCAAGUGCAAACUAAAAUGUUUCAUGCCUUACCAAGAAAUUUGUGGUGUUGGGGAUGAGAUGCAAUGUUCUUUCACUGCAGCUUUAACAUACUUGAGCCAGAUUUUCUAACUGUUUCCUGUCCAAGGGGAUACUGAGAGCCGUUUUGGGGGAUCUGAGAGAAACAAGAAAAUGGUGCCAGAGGUGAUGACAGAAAGAAAUGAGAGGAUAAACACUCUGGACAUUUUAGAAGUAGCUGUCACCCUCACAGGAGUCUUCAAAUGCCUGCUCAACUUGAACACGUUCUUUCAAUUUACUGGGAAAGCAGAUUACUAUAAACCUUUCAUGUUUUCAAGUUCUGUGCCUCUCUUCUAGGCAAUCUCAUUUGAGAGCAAAUAGUGGAUACCUAGAAAAAAAGUUUUGCUUUGGAGUAAGCUCUAAGAGUACUCCGAAUCUUAAAAGACUUUUCUCACUUAUAAGGCUUUACUUAAAUAGAGUGUAAUCAUCCUAGAAAGAUUCUUUUCUAUAUGCUCCGAACAGAUGGUCUGCAGAGUAGUUCAGCCCAAAGGAUUUUUUACACUGUUAAAUUACUUACAUUACAAUUUGCUAUAACAUGAGAUUUUGUAUUCUUCAAGAAGUUCAUUGUAGUGGCCUAGAGAUGCUCUGACUUGUGGUAGGAAGAAUGUGCAAAAGCAAAGUGCUAGUGUUAGAGGAACUCAUGCUACUGCUUUUUGAACAACUGAACUGGAUGGAAUAAUGCAUGACUCUUCACUUUGUGGUUGCAAGGUGUUAAUUGAAAUCACUGCAGUUUAAGAUUUACCUAUGCUGCCCUUUUUACAUGUGUUUGUUUCUGCCAAAAAUGGCAAUUUAAUCAAUGUGGAUUAGAAGUGAUUUUGUCUGUGGGGUUCUUGGAAUAUUUUGUGUGUUCCUUCUUUUUUUUCCCAUUGGACAGGGAAGAAUGUGUCUAAAUUUUUAUUUAUAUUUUUAUUUGCCAGGGUGAGUGUAUGCGUAGAUAAGUGGAGAGCUUCUUUGCAGGGCUUCCUGCUAUUUCCCAUCAUGUUUUGAGUGUAGCUUUCUCUUCUAUUAAGACCUGUUUUUACUAAGGAAAGUGUAAUAUACAAAGUAAUAUAAAAGUAACCCACCCUUUUUCUACUAAAAAUUUAAAUCUUUGCUAUGUUGUGCUACUGGGCUCCAUCUGCUGUGAUGCAUUCAGUUUAGUUCUGACUGUGCUCUGGGAAGGCUUACAGAAUUGUUUUUUUUUCAAUCUUCUUCCUGCUGUUGCAAAGUUACUGUUUACUCCUCUUUGAUCUGCCUUUCAAAACAGAAUGCCAAAUAAGUUCUUUGGGGAAUGCUUUAAAGGACUUGUGAAAAUAUAUCUGUAUAAUCCACUUUUGGUCAGCAGAUUGUUAAACUCCUGGUUAAGAGGAAAAAAGGCUGGUUACAAGACUGUUUAAUUAAAAACAGGACAAACCAACCAACCAAAACUAAAAAAUAAAACCCACCAAUCCAAAACUUUGUGAGAAUGCAAUUUAGUGUAAAUGAUUACUGCUUAAACCAGAAGUUUCUUAGAGCACCUAUGUGUGACAAUUUUAUUUUUCAGUUUGUCAGACUAGAAUAUGGCUUAACAGUUUCUCUAGUUAAUGGUAUACCCAAGAAAUAGAAAAGAAAUGAUUAAUUGUAAGUGAUGACAGUGAUGCAAUUUCUUUGCCUAGCUGUGAUAACAGAACUGUCUCAGUCAUCUGUCAAAUUUAAGAUACCAAAGUAGCUGUGUCUGUUAAGCACAGGUUUGCUGCUGUCACUCCUGGUGUAGCUUUACUCCUUCAUGUAAAGCAGUUGGAGCAGGUGUAAAUAGAUACAUAAGCACUAGUAGAACAUGGCAUGCACAUUAAGAAGAGAUUAAAUUGUGUUGCAGAUCUUAGUCAUGUUAUUCUUUAAUGCACUACUACCAGCUACUCUUCGGAGUGGCCUAGGAAAAAUUGCUACAUUUCAGGUUUAAGUUUUAGAUUCAUGUAAGUCGCAGUAAGUUUGCAAAGAAAGGAAUUUGCCUCUCUCCAUGACUUUAAUUUAAAUAUGAUAGUGUUGAUGCCAAUUGAAUCAUAUGCAGUACUAUAGUUUAGGAUUGGCAAGCACAUAUUAAUAUGAAAGUGCCUUUAAAAGAAAGAGGAGAAAAAUGUCUGUGCUUAAGAUAAGAAUACCAAAGAAUGAAUAAAAAGACUCAGAAGUAAAAACCCCUGAGUUGAUAAAUAGGAAUAUUGGGCAUUUGAGCCCAUAGGAAAUGAGCUUUCAGAUGGCUACAUUUUUUGUGUAUGAAAACAGGCCUUGGGGUUUAAGUGUGCUUUGGGCCCAAAUGCAAAAUCUGUGCCUCUAGUACACUUAUGCAAUUAAGAUUAAAAAUAAUUUUAUAUUACACAAUUUUCACAUAAUUUUUCCUUUUUUUCCCCAGAGCUGUUACAGGCAGAUACACACACAUUCAUAUAAAAAACCAAAUGUGUGUGUAUAUACACACACACACACACAUAUAUAUAUAUAUAUACACACAUGCAGUGUUGGAAGUAAUGCAAUGCUGACUCAUUGUCAGUGGAUCAAUAACUGAAUGUGAAACAUGAUUAUCUUUGCAUAAAAAGUACAUUUCAAUCACUGAAUAAUGGGCAUGAAAUCAGAGCUUUUUCUCUUUGAGUAGCAUAUGCUGAGCAAGUACUGAACAGUUUGUGCUUGGAGGGGGGCGGCCUUCAGUCUUUGGAAGAAGUAACAACUUACACUUUGGCUGUUACUUAGAAUUUGAGUUGAAAUACAUUAGAUCUUCAGCAGCAUUUUCUUUCUCUGAAAACAAAUGCAUUUUUGAAUUUGUGAUACAAGUGUUGCAGAUAGCUGUGUCUUUAGACAGCCUCAGAUACUCUAUCACCUUUAAUAAUAGUGUUAUGUUGGGGAUGAACCAGCACUAAAUAAAUUAAGUGAAGUUUCUACUCUCCCUGUUUAGGUAACUAAACUAGUUACUAGUAAAACUAACUAACUAACUAUUGUGACUGUUCAUAAUCUGUAUUCUGUUGUCUCUAUGAUAUUUUACACUAGUUAGCAGGAUUCAAUAAUCUAUUUCUUGCUUUUAGCAAUAGAAGUUCCUGUGUUGAGAUUUGUAUAACAGCUACUGUUUAAAUGAAAGGUACUGAAUUUUGCGUACUGUAAAUGAAUCAGCAGGAUAGCUCUGCCAAAACAUAAAAAUAACAGCAAGGUACAAAAUUUUUUUCUCAUGCCAGAAGAGAAUAAUACGCUGAUCCAGGAAUUCUAUACUUGUUAGUUGUUUGGUUAUGUUUCUGUUGCUUAUGGAUUGAGUGCUUCUUUUCAGAGUUUGCUCUAGCAAAGACUUGGAACCUUAGAAGCUAUUGUGAGAAAAGUAAAACUUAAUAAUCUUUUCAAUGAAACUGCCAUGAAAGUGAAAGAAGACCAGAGACUGGAAAGGUCUGAUCAGUGGGUGGAAGAGCUAGAACUCAAAAAAAUCAGCAUUAAACAGUAGUUCACUUUAUAAUAGGUAUGAUAUCUGGUGUAAAGAGAUGGAGGAAAAACACCUUAACAGCAUGAAAACAGGACAAAUAUGUGUUGCAAGUACUGACUAGAUACAGUCCAGUGAGCAUGAUCAAUCCAGUAAUAGCAGAACAUGAACUCUGGAAGAAAUACAAGGAGGUCUAGAGAAAAGCUGUCUUUAAAGGAGGGAUAAUGAGGAGGUUGAACCCUUCCACUGAGUAGAAAACAAUGGAAUUAUUCUGCCAUCUUAAAAGAAUGGUAUCAAAGCACUGACAGAGGCAAAAGCAAGCUCACAAGGGUAAGAAGUGAGGUCUCAUUAUUUACCCUCCUGCUAUUGGCAUCACUCUCACUUUGGAUUUUGCAUUAGUGAUAGCUGAUACCAAGGGUCUGUUCCCAUUGUUCUGUCUCUAUCCUGUUAGUGCUGGAACUGAGCUGCAGCAAAUGGCAUGGUUGGAGAAGCUGGGAGUUGGAGGUGCUAGUGACACAGAAGAGCUUUCAUCUGCUGCUAUGCUCUUAUGCAGCAGGGCCACCACUUGCUGAUUUGGGGGGAUCAGAAACACCAGUGGCUGCUUGGCCUGUCUGGGCGUCAUGUCAUGUGUCAAAAAGGAAAGGGAGGGUUGAUCAGUUGAAAACCAUUGCUCUCUUUGCAAUUCUUAUGGCAGUUGUCUGGCUUUUAUAUUCUGUGUUCUAUAUAUUAUAUUCUUUUAUAUUCUAUAUUCUCCCCAUGCUGGCCUGGUCUUCAUUCUUGCUAAAGAAAUAGUGGUUGAUCCACUCAAACUUCGAUAGCCAUUUUUUCAAAAUGAAGGCCACCCCAUGUUCCCUUUGAGUUGAGAUAGUCAGCCUUGCAACUGCUCUGGCCCAAUCACUCUGCGAGCUUCAAAAGCUGAUCACCCUUGUCUGUUCUCUUUGCCUUAUUCCAUGUUUAGGACUUUUUAGUCAGUCACAUCCAUAUGAAACCAACCCCAAAACCAGAAGUGAAGUAAAAAACACCUCUUCCUGAUCAAACCCUUGGUGAGGUAGGUUUAAAGCAUAGUUUCUCUCUAAAACCAGGUUCAGAUUUCAUGUAUAUCAGUGCAUUCUUUUUGCUAUAACAUGGUUUUGUCUACUCCCACAUAAGCAAUGUAGAAACUGCAAUGCAAAGGGGGCUAAGUAGAUUCAAACUGAAGUUACUCAGAAUACUGUGAAUAGAUUAUUCUUGCAGUGCAUUAACUUCUCAAUGGAGUUGUCUUGAGCCACUAUUCGUUUUUUCUCUGUGGGAUUCUUUUAGUCCUCUGCCCUUCCCUGCCCAGUGCCCGUGCUCCUUAGACAGCUAAUGAUGUGAUAGGGCUAAACUGUAUUUUCCUGUGGGCAUUGCAUACAUAAAUUGGUGUUCUCCAAGGCAAAACCCACCAUUCACUCUUCAUCAGGCAGCUUGUUUGUCAGGAAAAGGUGCUUAAACAUUCAUGUAAGUUUGGAAAGGCUCACCUUACAACAGAAGAACAUAGAUUUUCCAACUAUAAAACUCUUAACCUUUGAGGCAAGCAAAAGUUAACUUAUUUGUUGAACAGGCUCUGCUUGGUGUGUGCAAAUUCUGGAUUUUUCUAAUAUAGGUGAGCAAAGGGUAAUAAGUAUUUUAGUUGGUCACUAUGUUUUGCUGUUGGAUUUUUUUUUAAAGAAUAAGCUAGGCAGUGCUUGUGCAAAAAUCAGGGUUCCUAAAAAUUUCAUUCUUUUGGGAAGUCUUCACUGUCAUGCUAAGUAUCAAAGUAUAUAGUAAUGCCUGUUUCAAAAAAUUAAUACUAUAUAAUUAGUGAGGAAGGAGAAAUAAUAACUAAAACCCCAUUGAUCUGUCUUACUGUGGUUUUUUUACUGUGUAACAGUAUCCCAACAAUUCAAAUAGAGGUACUAUUUUCCAAUGUGAAUUCCCAGAAAUGUAGAGCCAGAAAGUCUAUUUUUGAAAUUUUAAAAAUGUGUUUUAAGAAUCUCUGUUUUAAUUAAAGGUUUUCAGGCAGCUGAGUGUGUUGUGUUUUUUUUCAGUGUGCAUAUGAGUCUGUCUGGUACAGAUAUGAUGGCUUUGUGAUUAUACUGGAAAUAAAACAGAAAGAAACCUUCUGAUUAUUUUUAAUUUUACACAAUUCAUGUUUACACUUCUCACUAUUCAGUAUUUUGUAUAAAAUCAAAUGCAAUCUGCAGUAUUUUCAAAUGACACACAAAUGCAUAUUGAACUAAUUAAUAUUACAAGAUAAUAUGAAGCUUUAUCUUAAAAAUACCUUCAGCAAAAUAAACUUUCGUUCUGUCAAUCCAAGUUUAAAAAACAUGAUUACAAAUAUACAGUUUAAAAAUAAUGAGGAUGAACAGUACUGAUUCGUCAAGAAAUUUUAGGCCUUGAUAGCCUGUACAUGAGUUUACGUAUGACAGUCUGCAAAAGAUUAAUAUAAAAACUGCAGUGCAACAAACAUCACAUUUGUGUUUUUUUCUACAAUCUCUUCCUGUUUUAAAUCAGCAGUGCUUCUUCUACUGUCAUACUGGGGCAAAAAGACAAUGUCUCGGUCAAUGUUUCAAUUUUUUUUUUUAAAUGUGUAAUGGAAAGUAGCAAUUUCACCCAAGAUGCAGUUUUUGAGCAUGUAGUAUCUUUUGAUACUAGGCGGAAGACUCCAUCUGUCACGUAUUUGAAAAAGUAUUUGUAAGGAGAAUCUCCUAACUGAUGACAGCAGAAAUAAUUUCAUUCAGCUGCUCUGUUGUACAAAGGUGAUGCAGCUGCCACAGCACAUUCAGUUUUGGCACAUAAUAGUUCACAAUUCAGAAAAAAUUUAGAGACCAAGGACUUCCUUACUCAUGCCCGCUCUUCAUUCUUGAACCUAAGACACCUUUGGUACGGUACAUUAAAAAUGUUAGACAAAGUAAUAACAAUUUGUAACAAACUAAGCAGUACAAUACGAAGAGGCACAAUGAGGUAAUGAGUUAAUUUUCCAUAUAAGGCUGAAUGUAAAAUCCCUUUGACAUUUAUGAGUUUUUCACUAAGAUACUGGGUGGUGGACGGGGUAUCCUGAAACGCAUUGAUGCCAAACAUGCAGUUUUGGUUUAGCUAGAGUUGCUAUUGUUUGUGCACUUGUGUUAUGCAAAUUUAAUUCUGAUAAACCUAGAAGUGCUAAUGACUCUACUGGUUACUUUAAGUGAGGCAAGUUCUGAUUCAGAAUUUGGAAGGGGUGAACAAGAGACCAAUUAUUUUUAGUUUAAAAAAAAGAUGCUAAAAGAAGCAGCUCAGCUAAGAGAAGGGCAAAGUCAAACACAGUAAAUAUUACUAAAUGUUUAUUCUGAUUCUCACUUCACUAUUUGCAUCCCUUUUGCCUUUCAAUAUGGUAAAUUUGUUCAAAAAUAAAUAUAAAUUUGUAUUUGCACAACAGACCUACUAUUGUGGUUACCUGUACAUAAGCUUUUGCACAAAUGGCUUACUUAAAAACCCACCCAACAAAAAAACCAACCUGAACCACACAUCCCCUCUUAAAAAACCCUAAAGAAACAAACCAAACCUCAACCCCUUGAAACUGAAACAACACCCCCCAAAAAAAAAUAACCCCCAAAUCAAAACAACCCCAUUCAAACCUCAAGAAAUUUUAAUUGCCUCAUCAGGAUGAGAUCAGUCUCUCUCUUUUAAAUGCUUUUUAUCUAGAAGAAAAUGGGGUAAAAAAGGAAGUUUAAGAAAAAAAUCAGUCUGAGCCUUCAAUGGUCAUUUAUUUUACAUUAAACAUUUUAAUUUGUAUUCCUGUUUGCAGAUUUUGACUAAGUGCAUGGAUGUUACCUGUAAGCUUACUUACACUUCACAUCCUUUUUCCUCUCCAAUUCAUGAUUGCUAGAAAAUGUUUCCAAACCACUGUGGGGUAUUCGUACUGGCAUUCAAAAGUCACCAGCCUAACAGAAGGCUUAGUUUCCAUUUAAAAGGAUGUAGAUUGAACAUUUACAUUCAUUUAAAUAAACUUCCCUCUCUCAUAGAGGUAAUAUGCAUCUUUAAAAACUUCAGCUAUUCCAAUACUAACAUUUCACAUUUCUCCAUUUCUGCAACUUUCUACUGUAAGAGUCAUUAAAUCAACAGCUAACUGAUUGAUUUUUAAGGCUAUGUGGUAACAGCCCUCAUCUGAGGGAUAUGCAGCUAUAACCAUCAGCUGGUGGACAAGGGUACAUCAGUUUUGAAAUGUCAUAAUGUGAAAAGUCAUAGGAAAAAAACACUGUAAUCCUGUAGGGGAUGAAAAUUUCAGUCUCAAGCAGAUUCCUAUAAAAAUUAUAUUGCUUUUUAACUUUUUAAAAUUGUAGUUCUUAAAGUGUUAGGUGUCAAAAUUUUUCCCAGCUUCUGAAUUCCUCUACCUCAGUUAUAUGGCACCCUUAUUUUCCAUUUUUUUGUGUGCUGCACUCAUUAAGUGUCCCAGAGCUAAAAACCAGCACUGUCUACAUGUUACCAAGCAUACGAAUGGAAUCUGGGGGUAAUUCUUACCUUUCAUAUAUGGUGAUUUAAAGUUUCACCUAAAGGACUUGAUAGGAAAAGAAACAGUAAUGUUUCAGUGAUUAAACAGUAAUGACAUUUCAAUAUGACAGCACUGCUUUAAAUGGUAGUGUUUUUCCUCCCCUUUAAAAUCAUACCAGAUUUUAGGCAAACUUAUAAACUAGUUAUAACUAGUUCAAAGAGCAUUUGGUUGUGAACAACUAAAAAGCUGUCACUGUUAAAAACAAGUUAAUCACUUACUGUUGGUUUGUCCUAAAUAAAUCACACAACCGUUGACAAUAAAGCACUCUUUGGUGGACAACAGUUACAUUGUGUACUCCAUACUGCAGUUCAUAAAAAAACUUCAUACAAAGUAAGAAAGAAAUCAAUAUAGGAGAGUACCAAUACUAUUAGAAAAAAAAGCUUUUGUGGUUGAUUCUGAGUCAAGAACUCAGCCCAGUCUGAAUGCACAACACAGAUUUAUAUACUUAAAAGCUCCCACCAUUUGGUAGUCAGCAGCUAAGUGAUUGCCAUCACAAUUCAUACACAUGCAUCAUACAUACUAGCAAGCCCUCUUUAUAAUAGAGAGCUUAAAUAUUUACACCUGAGUCUGAAUGUAUGUAGAUUUUGUUGGUUUUGAGAAAGUGUUAGCAUGGUAGAAAAAGGUCUACCAAACAUGUUGACCAUUCAUUUUAUUCUACAAAUAAGAAAGAGAUUGUUCUAUUUCAUUUUUUGCUGAAAAAUAGAGCCAAAGUGAUCCUCCUUGAAUUGCAUCAAGUCCCCUCUAUAUCCCCUUCACUCCUGAAUAUCCUCUUCCACACUGGUGGCUUAUUCGAAAUUCAACGCAAUACUGUCUUUGUGACGGAUUGGCUGUUGAAAUAAAACAUAUUUGAGGGAAAAAGUUAAAGAUUACUCAGUAUGUAUUCAAUGCAAACAUUUCUGGCAAGGUAAAAUGAGCAAAUGUUUCUUCAAAGAAAGAAACAAAGUAAAAGUCACGGCAUUUAAUAACACAGCAAUACUGAUUGUCAAGAAUGCACAGACUGGUCUGAUCACAGACAAUAUGAAGAAAAUUCUAUUCCAUACAGAAAUGAGAAAGUACCAUAAUUUGAUUAUGCGCAUUUGUGUAAAGCAUUCCUUUUCUUUUUCUCCCUCUGAGGCAUCAGGCCAUAUGAAAAGUAGGAAGAAUAAGACAGAAACAUUAAUAUUUUUUUAAAGCUAGGCUUAGAUUACAUGUAGAAAAGUUCUGAAAUGCUGCAGGUAAUUUUCAGUAUUCAAACAAGGGUGUAGAAGGCUGCUUUGCAAUACCUGGCAAAGCAUAGGUAUAUGAGAUUUUUUUAAGUAUAUUCCUCUUUGUUAGCUUCUGUGAUAUUCCUCUAUAGUUUUCAUACUUUUUCCCCCAUACUCCCCAUUAUAAUUUUUGUAAUAAUUUUACCUGAAUUUCCUUAAGGACCUCUACCCAUCAAAAUACCUUUACCACUUAAGAUUUCAUUUUUAAUCAACUACUUACUAUAAAUUUAAUUUGUGUGGUAACAUGGAAAAGGCCAUUUAACUUCUGUCUUUUUAUGGCUUGGUUUGGAUGUGAAGUAUGCACAUUGUUAAAAUACAGAUAUGAAAUUCUCUGUAAGUAGAAAAUUUACAAGGAAGAUGUCAUAGAUGGAGAAAUAAGGGCAUCCUUAUACUGGGUUAUGGGCUGGCAGUGUGAUUUCUCACAGUUCAAAAACAGUAUUAGUUCAAUCACAAGCUAUGUGGUUAUGUCCAUCAGUACUUUCUUUCAUAGAAUGCAGAUGAUGUCUAAAGAUGUUCCACAAAGGAAAAGCAAGUGAGUAUUAUUGACAGGAUUGAAAUUCCCUAUGUUCUCUUUAAAAAGCCAGAAUAGUAUUUUAGCUGUAAAUAGCUGCUUUGGCUGAAAAAACAUUCUGGAGACAAUCCAUGGUAGUAUCUCCAACAAUCUGAGGGAUGAAAUGGCAAAUGAAUUCCCUAGCUCUGCAGAUUAUACUGCAUUAGGAUGGGUCACAAGUGUGAUUCACAAAGAGAAAGAAUUGACUAAAGUGACAUAAAGCAGCAAAUGAGAUCCAUGUAAAAAUGGUGCAAGAUGUUUCCACUGGAAUGUAUCAGAAAGAAAAUCAAAGAAUAAGGAUACACAAUAAUGUCAGUGAAGUAAAUGAAAUCUUGACAAAGAAAGAUGUUGGUUAGGGCAAGAUGUCAAUAUUGUAGAAAUAAUUAUUCUCUAUCCUGCAAUCCACUUGAUCCAAUGAAUUUGAGCACUGUGAGAUAAUGCAAACUCUCAUACUUCAAGAAAUUAAACUUAAAUGAAAAGGCAUGCUUAAAAGAAGAUUUAUACUUUUUCAAAUGCUACAGGAAAAAUAGAAGGACACCUACAAGACUAAGAAGGUAUUGCAUUUUAAAUCCAUUAAAUUUUGGUCACACCAAAACACCCUUCAGAGGGACCAGCACCCUAUUAGCCCUCUCAGAUUAUAAAACAAUUAAGAACUCCAUAACUGUGACAGAACAAGGACAAAUUUGACUAUUGGAUGAAAUAUAAAAGUAACUGAACUACUUAGACCUCCAAAGUUAGAAGAAAAGAAACAGUAUAUGGUGAAGUAUUUGGGGUAGAAGUUUUAGAAAGUCCAUUAAAAUAUGAAGGAAGUAAUCUAUGAAGUUUGAGAUCGACCUGGUCCUUGAUCUUCAGUCUUAUAAAUCUGGCAAUACAACUAAAGGACUU